AUGGAUAGAUGUCGAUAUCAGCCAUUGAUCGCUAAGGAGCUGGAGCUGCCAGGGUGCGCCAUUUACAACUCCCAGCCAGCUACUCCACCACGUACACUCAUCGAUAUACUGGAUGAAACCGUUAAGACUCAUCGCCAGCAUUUAGCUAUUGACAAUGGACAAACGAGUCUUACCUAUAGGCAGCUACAAGAAGAGAUUGUGUCUCGCGCCGCGACCCUGCGCGCGGCUGGUGUAGGUAAAGGUGACUAUGUGGGCAUUCGUAUGACUUCGGGAACUGUCGACUUAUAUGUGAGCAUCUUGGCUGUCUUAACAGCCGGGGCAGCAUAUGUCCCAGUCGACGUGGAUGAUCCCGAUGAGCGAGCCAAUACAGUCUGGACCGAGGCUGGCGUGUGUGUCGUCUUGACAGAUGGUCCACGAUUGACACCCCACCAUCCUUUGGCUCGGUCCAAUGAGUCCAAAUCCGAAAGACCUACCACAGACGACACGGCGUGGAUCAUAUUCACUUCGGGGUCCACGGGAAAACCGAAAGGGGUCGCUGUCACGCAUGGCAGUGCAGCUGCAUUUGUUGAUGCAGAGGCUCAACUAUUUUUACCAGAACGGCCCAUUGCCCCCGGUGAUCGAGUUCUGGCCGGGUUGUCGGUCGCGUUUGAUGCAUCCUGUGAAGAAAUGUGGUUGGCAUGGCGGAAUGGCGCAUGCCUCGUGCCAGCACCUCGUUCGUUGGUCAAAGCAGGCACGGACUUGGGCGCCUUUUUGAUUCGACAGUCUAUAUCCAUUGUCUCGACGGUCCCGACUCUGGCUGCCAUGUGGCCAUCAGAAGCUCUCCAGAGGGUGCGACUUUUGAUAUUGGGCGGAGAGGCGUGUCCCACAGAGCUGGUUGGCCGUCUCGCAAGCAAAGCGUGCACUGUAUGGAACACGUACGGACCGACCGAAGCGACGGUAGUCUCCUGCGCUGCCCCAUUGGUAGCCGGUCAGUUGGUUCGCAUCGGGCUUCCGUUGGCUGGCUGGCAACUCGCGGUCAUAGGACCAAACGGCGAGCCCGUCGCUUGGGGUGAGACUGGAGAACUUGUCAUUGCCGGCGCAGGGUUGGCUCGUUAUCUAGACAUUGAGAAGGACAAGACCAAAUUUGCCCCAUUGCGAUCCCUUGACUGGCCACGCGCAUGUCGGACUGGUGACUUGGUUCGUGCAGACCCAGAGGGACUGGUUUUUAUCGGCCGAGAUGACGAGCAGGUCAAGCUGGGAGGUCGUCGUAUCGAGUUGGGAGAAAUUGACGCCGCCUUGAUGAUGCUUCCUGGCGUGAGUGCAGCUGCCAGCGCCAUCCGUCGAAGUGAGACAGGCACACCACUCCUUAUCGGCUAUAUUGUUCGAGAUGCCGCUGCCAGCGACACCGACCGCCAAUUCUUACGAGACCACUUGCCAACAGCUUUGGUCCCGUUCUUGAUCAACUUGAAGCAGCUCCCUUUGCGGACUUCUGGGAAGGUGGAUCGUGCAGCGUUACCGUGGCCACCCCCAUCAGAUGGUGAAGAGCCGGCGUUCAAAGGCAGCACGGGUUGGUUAGCGGAGCAGUGGCGGAAAGUGCUUGGAGCACCUAUUCAGGAAAACACCAAUUUCUUCGACAUUGGGGGCACGAGUCUCGCUGCAGCACAGCUCGUCUCGUUGCUUCGUCAGCGAUGCCCUGGCUUUUCAGUUGUCGACAUAUACCAGCACCCGACCUUGUUUGAAAUGGCCCAUCGAGUUGAUCAACUCACAAGUACCCAACAACGCAUGCGAAUAGUGAAGCCACAACCAACAUGGACUGGCUAUGUUCAAUUUGGGAUUCUCUUGGCUUUCCUCACCUUUGAGAGUUUCCGCUGGUUUAUUGUAAUGGGCCUUUUCAAAGCAUCGGCAACAUCGUUCAUGGGUCCGCUUCCCUGGGCCGAGAGACUGGUGAUUCCACAUUGGAUACUUUUGAUAUGCUGGAUGAUUUUUGUAACUAUGCCUGGCAGGGUAUUGACCACGGCUGCCGUGGGACGGAUCCCGAUGGCUGGGGUCAGACCAGGCAACUACCCUCGAGGGGGCUGGGUACAUCUUCGCCUAUGGGCAGCUGAACGAUUUGUGACUUUGAACGGAAUCAAUGCUAUCAUCGGGACGCAGUGGUGUCGCCGCUACGCCCGGCUUCUUGGCUGUCGAGUAGACCAGACUGCACAAAUCCAUGCGUUACCGCCAGUUACUGGUCUCGCAAGCUACGGCACGUCUUGCGUUGUUGAACCGGAUGCAGAUCUUGCCGGCUGGUGGCUGGAUGGAGAUAUCUUGCGAGUGGGAACCGUUGACAUAUCUAUCGGCGCUCGAGUAAGUGCCAGGGCUGUAUUACUACCAGGAACCGUUGUUGAGCCAUUUGCCGAAGUACAGCCGGGUGUCUGUGUCGAGGGGACGAUCACGGGCGAUGGUGUUGAUUUCAAUGAAAAGCACAUCGCCGAGAGUGAUGGUACCGGGUCAAUGCUGCGUUAUACCUUGACGUUGCUAUUGAUCGAUGUCUUGCCCGCCAUAAGUGCUAUACCCGCUGUAGCUCUCUGCACUUAUGUCCUGUGGGAUACCGAAGCCGUGGAAAACCUGGUGGUGGCCACAUUGAUACUGGCGAUCCCCGUCACCAUGAUGAGCAUCGUCUCAUAUGCAGCUCUCUUGACGGGGUUGAUUCGAUUUGCUGCAAGGUACAUGGCCCCUGGUAUCUAUUCCAGCCAUGGUGUGCACGCCUGGGCGGCUUGGCUGACUCACCGACUCAUGAGUGAUGCCCGCAACGGUCUGUUUGCUUUCUAUGCCAGUCUUCUGACACCCACGUGGCUUCGCCUGCUAGGCGCUCGUAUAGGUCGAGAUGUCGAAGCGUCGACUAUAGUGGCACCACCAUCGCUUCUCCAUGCAGACAACGGGUCGUUUUUGGCAGACGACGUAUUGCUAGCGCCCUUUGAGCUGAGAGGGGACACACUCGUGCUGGGUGUCUCUUCCAUAGGGAAGCGAUCAUUUGUAGGCAACUCCGGCAUUGUUGGGCUCGACCACUUCACGCCAGAUGGGUCGCUGGUUGGUGUUUUGGGCAGUGCGCCAGUCCCAUCACAAAUACGCACCGGCUCAUCGUGGCUCGGACGACCAGCCAUGUCCAUCCCUCGUCGUCUGGACGAAUUGCCCGACCCAAGACUUGCCUUCGAUCCACCGCUGAGACUCAAGAUUGCUAGAGGAGCAGUCGAGUCCAUGCGGAUUAUUCCCUGGGUCAUCUCGGCACUCUUAAUAGCGUCACUCGUGGGUCUCAUGCUCACCGUGCUAGAUUAUUGCGGCUUGACCAUCGCGAUCGUCGCGGGCGGAGUAUUGCUUUUCACCGCAGGAGUCGUAGCAUGCCUGUUAGCAACGGCUGCUAAAUGGGUACUUAUGCCUAAUGUUGGAGCAGGUCAUCAGCACCCGUUAUGGAGCUCGUUCGUAUGGUGCAACGAGUUGGCUCUGACCUUUGUUGAAUCGCUCGCACUACCAUGGAUGCUUCGUCUGCUUUACGGGACCCCUCUAUUAAACAUGUGGCUGCGGACUAUGGGAGCUGAAAUCGGAAAUGGAGUGUGGUGUGAGACACAUCGUUUUCCCGAGGCUGAACUUGUGAGUCUCGGAGACGGGGUCUCAGUCAAUCGCCAAUGUGUGUUGGCAGACUCAUCUAUUCCACGACCGGUUAAUGCGACUGGGCCGAGUGACAUUGAAGGACGGAGCCACACUCGGCCCGGCUGCUAUUCCCUUACCAGGAACUAUUCUUGGAUCGGGCUCAACUAUCGGUCCUCUGUCCUUGGUUAUGCGAGGUGA